AUGUCCGAACAUCCACUUUAUGCGGUUAUAAACCACCACCAAAAACACACAUCAGGUAAAACAAGCUCAGAAACCACUGAUGAUGAUGAUGAUGCUACCUACUCAAAUAUCCAUAUUUCUGUACCUGGAAGAUCUGCCCAACAGAAAGGAGAUAGAGGAAGUGACUGUGUUAUCUACACCAAAGUCAGUCUCCCCAAUCAGGAUGAUGCUCAGCCCACUGAGGCAUCUGACCCUGAUGACCCCUCUCCAAGGACAGCACCAGUGCAGAGGUCCCUCUGGAGAGUCCUUCUAAAACCCACAGUCCUCCUGCUUUUCCUCUCGGCUCUCCUGCUUAUUGUGAUCUUUACACUCAGUGCAUUCUAUGCUUUAAGUAAAAUCUCAUGUACAAAGAGACUGUAUGCUCUUGAGAAGAACAACAAUGAGAUGAACAACACACUGGUGCAGUCACAAAGUGCACUUAGAAAUUCAUCUGAAGAGAACACAUUGCUGUUGCAUCAACUUACACAGAUGAACAACACACUGGUGCAGUCACAAAGUGCACUUAGAAAUUCAUCUGAAGAGAACACAUUGCUGUUGCAUCAACUUACACUUUUGGAGAUUGAAAGAAGAAAGAAGUGUGCAGAUGGCUGGGAUUAUUUCAGUGGGAAGUGCUACUUCUUCUCUACUGAUGAGAAGACCUGGACUGUGAGUAGAGAUGACUGUGUGACAUUGGGAGGACACCUGGUCAUCAUAGAGAAUGAAGGGGAGCAGAUAUUGGAAGCCAAGGACAUGGAAGAGUGACACAUAUACCAGGUGUAUGAAGACUAGUUUUUCCGCCUGGCUAACC